AUGAACUUGAGAGAAUAUAUAUACAUUUUUUUGAUUUUAUAUUUUAUCCCUGUAAGUAAAAUUUGUAUUGCAUAUAAUGUAGAAAAAAAUAAAAGGAAUGUUCUUAGUAAUUGUAGGAAUGUAUUAUAUCCUCAUGGUAAGGGUUCAUUAUGUUAUACAAGGGGGAAAUAUCUUUUUAUAAAAAGAAAAAAGGAAGAUGAUAUGAAAUAUAAAAAAACAAAAUUAAGUGAAGCGAAGGAUUUAUUAAAAAAUAGAAAGAAUGAUUAUAUGUAUGGUUCCAUAUUAGAAAAUAAUAAGGUAGGAUUAUUAAGUGGCAUUAAAGAAAAAAUAGGAUCAUUUAUUUUCGGAGGUAAUAAAAAUAUAAUCGAAAAAUUAAAAGAUUUAAAUGAGAAGAAAAGUUUAUGGUUCUUCACUGGAUAUGCAAGAAAUAUAUUUCAACCAAAUUCAUUUUAUAAUAUUUUAGCAUUUGAAGAAAUACAAGAAAUAGAUUAUAAAAAAUGGUCACAAGAAAAUAAAAUUAAUUUUGAUUAUAUAUUAAAUAGAAAAGUGGAAACUGGAAAAGAUGAUAUAAAUAAAUCAUUAAGUGUAAAUAUAUAUAAGGUAAAAAAGUAUGUAAUAUUUUAUAAAAAUGAAGAAAAUAUCAAUAACAAAAAUACAAAUGAUAAUAUUAAUAAAAAUAAUGAUAGUAAUAUGGAGAAGCAAAAUAAUAUUAUCCAUCAUAAUAAUCAGAAUUGUAAUAAUAGUUAUCAUUGUAGUGAGCAUAAGAAUGAUUUUAUUUUAUGCACUUAUAUAUAUCUUAUGUUUUAUAUAUAUGAUAAGGAGAAAAAAAAAUCUUAUAUCUUUAGUAAUAAUAUACAGAAUAACCAAAAUUGUAUUUAUCAAAUUAUUGAAGUAGAUAAAGAACAAUAUCCUAAUUUAUUUCACAAUAUUAUUAUGAAUCCAGAUUCUUUAAAAAAACACAUUAAUAUUAUAGCUUUAGAGAAAAGUCAUAGUACCUAUGAAAAUAUUAUACAUUAUAUUGGUAAUAAUGAAUUAUUAAAUAUUAAUAAUUAUACAAACAAAUUUAAUUCAUAUUUAAAAAAGUUAUAUAACAUAUGUAAUAAUUCAAGUACGCUUAUUGAAAAUUCUUUAACUAUGAAAAAUUCUAAACCAUAUAUUAAUUUAAUAUUUAGUGAUAAAAAUUUUAUGAUUAAAAAAAAAUCUUAUUUUGAAUAUAUAAAAACUUUCUUUCUAAAAAAAGAUGAUAAAGAUUAUUUAAUAGAAUAUAUUUUUAAUGAUAAUAAAGGUUAUAAAUUUUAUAUUCAAAAAGAUUUAGGUGAUAAUUCUUCUUAUGUUAUGAAAUCUACAAAAAUUACAGCUAAAAAAUUAGACAAAAUUUAUAAACUCAUUAAUAAUUUAGAUUCCAAAAAUAUUAAUAAAAGAGAAGCAUUUUUUGCAUUCACCAAAGUAUUAUUUGAUAAAUAUAAAAAUGAAUAUGAGAUAGAGCAAAAAAAUAAAAGUAAAGAUCAUAAUAUGUUGUAUCAUAAUAGUAGAAGUAUUUUUAUUAACAUGGGUUCCAAUAAUUAUGUGGUUGAUACGGAUCUAUCUAUGUUAAAAAAGAACAACGAUAUAUUAUUAUUUAGUAUGGCGAAACAUUUUUUUAACCACUUGCUUUCUUGUGUAAAUAUAUAA